UGAUAGGGAGGAAUAUGUAAUUCCAUCUUUCAAGGAAAAAAAAAAGGUCAAGAAGGGGAAAAAAUAAAAAAAAAAAGGAAAGAAUUGAAUUCCUUUCCGUAAAAUGGAAAAGGAAAUUCGAUAUGAUGGAUUGGGAUUUUAUGAUUCCAAAACCUUAAGAAAAGCUAAUUGCGGUUACUACUAAGAUAUAAGAUUACAACAACAUUCACAGAUUAGCUUUUAAAGCAAAACUACUCAUAGCAGAAAAAUUAUCAAAUCGGUGAAAAUAAUGGAGGCGGAACUCAAAGAAUUGGUGAAUGAUCUUCAUUCUCUCAAGAAAUCAAUCUCAAAUCCUUCCCAUCUUGCCCUAAUCGACAAGAUGCAUUUGCAUGCUGAAAACAUCGCUACUCUUGAGAAGUCAGGAACUACUCGCCGUUCAAAAGUCAAGGACAUGAGUGCUGAAGUUAUUGAUAGCAAUCCCUAUAGCAGGCUUAUGGCACUCCAGAGGAUGGGUAUUGUGAAUAAUUAUGAAAGAAUACGAGAAUUCUCAGUUGCCAUAGUUGGCAUAGGUGGUGUUGGCAGUGUUGCGGCUGAGAUGCUGACAAGGUGUGGCAUAGGUCGUCUUUUGUUGUAUGAUUAUGACAAAGUGGAGUUAGCUAAUAUGAAUAGGCUAUUUUUUCGCCCAGAGCAGGUUGGUAUGACGAAGACAGAUGCUGCUGUACAAACUCUUUCAGAGAUAAAUCCUGAUGUUGUGCUUGAGAGCUACACAUUGAAUAUCACAACAGUGGAAGGUUUUGACACAUUUAUGUCAAGUCUUACAAAUAAAUCAUUCCAGCCAGCUAAGAGUGGUAGUGGGGUUGACCUCGUCUUGAGCUGUGUAGAUAAUUAUGAAGCAAGGAUGGUGGUAAAUCAGGCCUGCAAUGAAUUAAACCAGACAUGGAUGGAAUCAGGUGUAUCUGAAGAUGCUGUGUCAGGUCACAUACAAUUGCUGAUUCCUGGUGAAACUGCCUGCUUUGCAUGUGUGCCUCCUUUGGUUGUAGCCUCUGGAAUUGAUGAACGGACCCUAAAGCGUGAAGGGGUUUGUGCUGCAUCUCUACCUACUACAAUGGGAGUUGUUGCUGGACUUUUAGUUCAGAACACCUUGAAAUACUUGUUGAAGUUCGGACAGGUGUCGCGAUAUCUGGGUUACAAUGCCCUCAAAGAUUAUUUUCCAACAAUGGAGAUGAAGCCAAACUCACAAUGUUCAAACGCUGCUUGUUUGGAACGACAGAAGGAAUACAUCCUUGCAAAGCCUACCAGGGAUGCUGCUGCUAAAGCAAAGGCAGACAAGGAAGUUUUAUCAGCAGCACAAAACCCUGUUCAUGCAGAUAACGAGUGGAACAUAAGUGUUGUUGAUGACGAGGAGGUGGCUGGUGCCAGUGGGGGAAAUUCAGGUGUCCUUCCUGAAGGUAUUGUUCAUGAGCUGCCAGUAGCUGAUGAAUACCCAAAACCACCUGUCACAGAGACUGUUGGUCCUGCAGAUGACCUUGAAGAGCUCAGAAGGCAACUUGAGGCCCUUAACGCCGAUUAGAUUACUGAAAUACAAAAAGGGACUUGUUGAAGAUAAAAGAAGAACUUGCUCUAAGUUGCAGAUGCUCAUGUAAAAUUAAGCUUGCUGGUGUGAGCUUUGAUACACCUGAAUUUUGGAGGCAUUUAUUUUUUUGGUCUGAAUGGAUAGACAGUGAAAAGUUGUUCCUAUUCCCAGCAUGUGGGAUUGAAGACACUUAAAAGACAAUGAACUAGUCUAUACUGCAACAACUUACUGAUAGGGAUCGAGUUAGCAUUGUAUUACUAAAAGGUCAAUCAAAUAUUGUCCCCAUUUCAUUUCUAGAAAUUUUGAAUGCCUGAAGGUGGUGUUGAUACAUCCUAAA